AUGUCUUGCUACGACCUGUGUCCACCCACCUCCUGUGGCCCAACCCCGCUUGCCAACAGCUGCAACGAGCCCUGCGUCAGGCAGUGCCAGGACUCCCGCGUGGUGAUCCAGCCCUCUCCCGUGGUGGUGACCCUGCCCGGACCCAUCCUCAGCUCCUUCCCCCAGAACACCGCCGUGGGAUCCAGCACCUCCGCUGCUGUGGGCAGCAUCCUGAGUGAGGAGGGAGUGCCCAUCUCCUCCGGCAGCUCCUUGGGGUUUGGGAGCUUUGGCAGUGGGUACAGUCGACCCUACCAUCGCUAUAACACCUACCACAGUGGCUUCUAG